AUGUCCACCCCUCAGCAGACCAACCAGCAGACCCCUACCGGCGGCUACCCAGUGCCCUCGGUGCACUCGGGCGCGCCCCAGUUCGGCACCGGCGCCAACCUGGUCCACGACGCGCCCAUUGUGAAGAAGGACAUCGUGCACGAGCACCCCGAGAUCGUGCACCACGAGCAUCACGUGCAGCCGGUCAUCCACGAGAAGGAGCGCCACAUCCAGCCCGUCCACAAGACCGAGAUCACGACCGAGCACCCGGUCCUCCACAAGGAGACGAUCGUGCAGGAGCCCGCCCGCAUGGAGACUGCCGGCCACGGUGUCACCGAGCCCCACCACGUGGGCAUCGGCCAGAAGAUCAAGGGCACCAUGAAGGAGGUCCAGGGGGCCAUCACCCGCAACCCAGCCCUCAAGGAGGAGGGCAAGCUCAUGAAGCAGGGCGCCACCACCACCGGCACCACCCACUACUAA